CUCUUUCCGGUACACUUCGAAUCGCCGCCUCGCAAAGUCCCAAAAUCCCAAAUGCGGUGCUGCUUCGGAAGACGUGGGUCAGAUCUGAGCCACGGCGUUGACGCGCCGCAAUAUAUGUUUCCUCGAGUUGCCUUGAGAGGCUGACGCUGAUCGGGCGUUAUGGCGCUUUAUCAUGGGCCCUGGGCUGCGCGGGACGAGCCGCUUCUCUCGAUUAUUACAGACAAGUACGGACCAGAUGGAUAGAAAAAAAAUAUACGGGCGACAGAGGCUUUCUGCCUAGUCGAACACCAGAAAAGCCACAAAGCAAUUGGGUUUGCCUAUUCUGUGCUAUCCAAGACAAAACGUCAACGGACACCCGGCUCGCCCGGAUCUACGGCACCACCAUGAGGCCCCAGUUACGUCAAACAAGCAGAAGCAGCUCCCGAUGGCAGGUUCAAAUAAAGAAAAGCCGGCAAUCAUGGAAUGUUGAACCGAGUUACACCAUUUUGGGGAAAGCCUUAUGCGUGAGAUGUUGCUUCGGAACUCAAAACACAGGGCACUGAGGCUGUGUCCUUGUGGGCGACACUCCCCAUUGCACCGGAAUUUCUCGCCGGCAUCAUAUGUGCCGCAGAAAGUGAGUGGAUGGGCUCACAGGUUGGGCUAUGAUACCGAGCGACUUUCAUGGAGAUCCUUUCUGUUCGUCCGACUCUGUGUGAGACUGGGGGACCAAUAAAUAUCCAGAAUUGGCCAUCGUGGUGUUGCGGGGCAAAGUCAGACGAGGGGUUGGGCUCUUGGUCAUCCCUCCCCCACCAUCUCCCCUCUAUCUUUUUUUGAUACACCACGGCCAAUUUUCAGAUCGAUAUCUCGUGUGGCGGUUGUCUGAACACAACUGGCUUUUUGUUGCUUGUUAUCUUUGCACCAUAGCAGAGAUAGGCUGCUUACACUGCAGUCAACAUCUGGUAAGGAAAAGGAUAGGGUAUCAGCCGAAGACAGAGCUGGUAUCUCGGGAGUCAGAGAUAAGAUGAAAGCCUCAUCAGGGAAGCGAUGCAACGAGAAAGAUAUUUUUGUCAGCCGCCUUCUAAGAACAUUCCUAAUUACAGCACCAUGACGGCAGGUUUCUUUCUUGCGUCAAGUGUCUCGGCGAUAUCUUUGAUCAAGAUGGAAGAGUGGCCUUGAAGGGUAUCAACGGGACUUCUGUUCUUUGUCUCAUCCGGCUUGUCAGGGUCCCAUGAUGUUGACCGCCCACAUGGCCGCGGUCCACUGAUGAACUGCACUUGGUGAGACGGUUCGAUCUCCUUCCUGUCUUGAGACGGUCACACAAGAUAGAAUCCCCCAAAGCGUUUUAGGCGAUUUGCUGAGUGGCGGGCCCAUUCAUCGCCAAAUGGACCUCGCCUCCGACCCGUGCCCCUGAUUGUGAGUGUCAUGGGUUCAAAUAACUAGCACUAUCAUAAAGGCGCUGGAUUUCUUCCGAAAUUCAACGUUACCUCGAGAGUCCCGACCCCGAUCCCCGUCAACCUCACCUUCAACCUAACCCUCAAAAAAACAAAAAACGAAAUUGACAACCGGGACCAGCUGCCUGGCCAGGCAAGGUCGCAGCCCGCAUCGUCACCAACCAAGGUACUAAAGAUUACAAGUGGAGUUUGAGAUCACGACCAGACUUUCUCUCCACGCCAGACGGGCAUACAAACAGGUCACAAGCGCAAGGCUUGCGCACGCCCUGCGCAGCGCCUUUUCUCCCAACGCGCACAACAAGAGUGCUCUUGGAAAAAAAGGAGGACUUUUGGUCCGGGAGUCCGGACGAGGACCCGUUAUCAAUCGAUUUCUUCCCGACACCAAGCAAACCUUGGACGGUUAUCAGCAGUUCUCGUCGAACCACCACCACUCUCCCACUCUCCCACUGGGCACAACUGCAGCAACGCCUAUCUCUGAGUGGCUUUCUGAGACCCAGUCGACCAGUCGGCCCACGACCACGCAUAACAAGCAGCAAGCAGCAGCAGGAGUAGCAGUACAUCGCAUCGCCUCGCCUCGCCUCGCCGUGCCUCGCCGUCUCCCUCCCUCGCCGUCCAGGUCAGGUCCCUCUGUUCGUCCAGUGCAGGUCGCAGGUCCCGGUGCAGGCACCCUUGAGGCACCCUUGGCGGAUUGGGUGUCCGGGAGAAGCCAAGCAGAAGCCGCAGAACACCCCGGGCCCCACCCAGCCGCCCACACCCCAGUCUGGGUGUGCUGAGUGUGCCCACUAAAAGGUUGCCCUGGACGGUGUCACGCUCCGCGAAAGUGACUGCGAAAGUGUGAGUGUGAGAGUCGGGGAGGGUCCCACGGUCCCCAACAUCCCGCUGCGUCGGCCGAAGUUGCGCUGACUUCUGACCCGAAGCAAGCGCAGCCAUGGCUUCGCGGCCACCCCAUCCAGAUCCCAUAAACCUCCCCCAAUCUGCUCCGUCGGUGCUCGUAUCCUCCGACAGACGUGACGACACCGAUCCCCAUCAUGGCCGCCCCUACGAGCCUGCGGCUUCCAUAGCUGCCGCCAGAGGCCGAGAGCAACACGAUUUCUUCGCCCCUACUACCUCUGCGCAACCCAAACCCGCGCCUGAUUCGGCCUCCCCUUACACAGAGACAGCAGCAGGUGUAACGCCGACCUCUGGUUCAGUCCCUCGGUUCUCUCUGAGUCCUGUGCAAUUCCACGCCCACACUACAGCCCCGUCGCCUCCCCCUCCGCUGCCGGCCCGGUCCGCUGCUCGUUCUCCGUCCUCCUCGACUCAGGACCCGUUCGCCCCCCCGAGUCACAGCUUUUCCUCCCAACGACCGGCCCACCUCGGCAGCAACGCCCUGCGGCUGCAAACCGAACUUCGUCCCGGCUCUCCCCCGCAUUCGAACUCCCACCACGGCUUCACGGCGCCAGCAAGGAACCCGAAACCCUCGCCGAAACUCUCCUUGAGGCACAUUCCUUCGGCCUCUUCCCUACGCUCGAUCACGAGAACGCCCAGCUUCAAGGCCGGCAGCCUGUCCGGUGCCUUUGGUUCAGCCUCGGCUGCGAGCUCGACCGUGGCGAGUCCUGUCAUUGCCGCGAUGGGCGACGUUACUCCCUUGCCUUCCCCUCUGCUCUCGACACAUUCUCCGGGACCAUGGAAGCGCCAUGCCAGCGAAGCCUCGGCCUUGCGGUCACCAGUCGACGAUGGUCUCCCAGAAGCGAUUCCAGAAGACCCCAAGACAGCAACCACCCCGACAAAUGCAAAGUUCCGCGGGUAUGCGGCGCUCUCAUCACAGCAUGCGGCGGGGAUAUUGGCCGAGAAUGCAGUGGCCGAAAGGCCUGGAUACCUUGCGAAACCCAAAUCACAUACCAGGAACAGGAGUAUCAGCGAUUACAAGCCAGAUCCAAUGUUGAUACCUAAGCGGAUGUCGACAGUUUCUGGAUCGCGCGUGAAAGCUGACCAUGCGAGCCUUUCCGAACCACAUAUGCGGCGGGAGCGUAACCUAUCCGAAGCACGAGGUUUGACGCCCAUCGAAAAGCCACCCACUCCACCUCCGAGCGAGUCCUCACUCAGUGCCACAGAAUCAUGCUCCUCGUCCAAGAGCUCGACGGCCUCCCUCACCAGCACCAGGAAGCACCCUCCACCGGAAUACUUUGAAGCCUUUGGUAGACAUGACUCGAAACGACGUCGGUGGAGGGCUAUUGGGCAGCUGGGCCAGGGUACUUUCAGUCGGGUCAUGCUUGCGACGAGCCAGACAUCACCUGCCUCGGACGACGAGGACAUCUCCCCUAGCACCGUCCCCGUCACGCCAGAUCUAUCGGCACAGCACGAGCGGCGAUCGCUCGUUGCGGUCAAGAUUUGCGAGCAUGGGGCUCUAGGCGGCGCCUCAGAAGAACGAAUCGAGAUGAGUCUCAAACGUGAACUAGAGGUUAUGAAGUGCAUCCGGCACCCAUCUCUGGUGAACCUCAAGGCCUGGAGCAUCGAAUCGUCGCGGGCGAUCCUUGUCCUCAGCUUUUAUCCCGGCGGUGACCUCUUCGAUGUUGCCAGUAAACAUCGGGACCUACUCAGCCCUCCGCUUUUGAGCCGCAUGUUCGCCGAGUUGAUAGGCGCUGUCAGCUAUCUUCACGGCAAGAAGAUUGUCCAUAGAGAUAUAAAACUCGAGAACGUCCUGGUCAAUCUCACACCAGAGGAACUAUGCGUGAAAGACGUGAACUGGGCGGCGUACCCAUAUCCCGUCAUCACGCUUAGCGACCUCGGCCUCUCCCGACAAGUCGAGGAUGACGAGGUGCUCACGACAAGAUGCGGCUCAGAUGAUUACGCUGCACCUGAAGUAAUAAUGGGCCAGCCCUACGACGGCCGCGCCACCGAUGCGUGGUCACUGGGCGUGCUUCUCUACGCGUUGUUGGAAGGCAGGUUACCUUUUGACCCCCACCCCGGUGCUGGCGAUUAUGCCAUGCAAUUGCGGAUGCGGAGUCGCACUAGUCACCGUAUCGCCCGCAUAGAAUGGCGGUGGAUCGAGUACGGGGUCAAGGACGGUGAGGAUGGAGAAGGGGACCACGAAGCGGACCUUGCCAAGUUUGAUGCCAAGGGCUUGACCGGCGCCAUGGAGGUUGUAGAAGGACUUCUCAAACGCGCAAAGAGCCGUUGGUCUGUGGCCAAGGUGGCCGAAACCAAAUGGGUGUCUGAUGCCAUCCAGGUCCCUGACGGCAUCAAGUUUAGAGAGGAAGAGGAAGGUGAGGAAGUUUAACAGCGUACUAUACUAUGAUGGACGGUCCAGGCUGGGUGGGUGUUAUCCGCACCCGGCCGGCACGAGGCAUGGAACUCUUCUUGACCUCUCAAGCGGUUAGGUAGGGAAGAGGGAAAGGGAAAUGCGGUAUGGAGGUAUAGGAUUGGCAUGGGAACCGAGCAAUGAAAGCCAGGGAAUCACAUGCGGUCAUUGGGAAGACGUAACAAAGGCUUCUUGGAGGGCAGAUGCUGAAGAGGGGGAUCACUCCUUUCUGAGAUUCUUGGGGUGUUUACAGUUUGUGGGAUAAUUCCACGACGUCGGUGUUGCUUUUUUUUUUGCUUCUGCUCUUUUCUUCCAGCGUUGGAGGAAAACCAUGUUUUAAAAGAGAACAAAAUUGAAAGACAAAUUCUGUGUGGUUUUUCCGCUGUAUGAUGCACUGACAGCACAGUUAUUGGAGUUUCUGGGUAUUAUCGGGAAACAAGGGGGACAAAACAGAUCUUGAUAUAGAUCUUGGAUUGGUUAUCCUGAGCGAUUCAUGGCGCUGGGCUUGGUAGAGUUUAGCUACAUUUAUAUAUCCUUGUCUGAAGAAGGCUCACAAGCUGCCGCUGUUUGUUGGCUGGAAGCAACAGAGUUUGAAGAAAAACACUGUACAAUCAUAGAGCUCCAAUAAGAGAUGGAAAAAAUAAAAGUCGAAC